AUGUUUGCGACGAUGCCGCAACCAGAUUCCACGCAGCAUUGCAAUUUCGGUGACUGUAUCGCGAGAAACCCGUGCGGCACGAGGGUACAGCGAAAGGCGCCUGUCGCCGUCGCAGAUGGCGAAACGAUGCGCCUGGAGGCAAGCCCUCAGCCAAUUCACAGCUCUGGCAGGCAGCCCGAAGCAGGAUCGCUGAAUGCAAUUCUUCGGGAACACAGAGUGAAGCGACUGUACGUGCCCACCAUCGCGUGGACUGGGGACCAAGUUCGGCUGCUUAACAUGGCAUUCGAGAGGGUAGACGUGCGAAUAUCAAAGCCACAACAAAGCCUUGGUGACAAGCUCGGCGAGAGUGCUGACGCAGAGCAACCGAGAGAAGACGAGCACCAUUGGCCGAGCUCGGAUGCAAUAGUCGCCACAAGAGGGCUGCUGUUAGAGGGUGCGGACAGGCAGAAAUUGGCCAUGAGGGCUCUUCUUGCCGAGUUUGGCUUUUUGCAGGGCUAUUCGGCGGGCGCUGAUGAGAAGGCGCGCAGUGGUACCGGCGCAAAUGGAUUUCGAUCUCGAAACGUCAGUAUUCUUAAAGCCGCCAAAGUCGAGUUCCAGUUUGGCGACAAGACUGUGAACCAUUUGCGGCCGGAUGACAUCUUCGAGAUGAACUCCGGGGGAGCACAGCUCGUUGCGUAUGCCAAUUUCGAAACAAUAUCCAUCUUUCGGAAGAGGCACAGCCGGGGCAGAGCCAGGAAGCUGCAACUGAUUCAGCCAGCAGAGGCGUGCGAAGACCCGUACAUCAUGGGCAUACUGAUUGGGCUAGCACAGCAUCAGCAGCGACGAGGCGGUAGCCAGAGGGAGUGUGAAGGCGAAGGCGGACAGAGGGUAACGCUGAUGGGGAUUCCUACGAGAGAGGAAAAGAGACUUUACGUCUACACGACGAGGAUACCAGACAAGUUCCUUGCCAAGCUGGAGAGGCCGUCGCAGCGGAGCGACUGCGAUAGAGUAGUCGUCAAAUAUGAGUCGAUUAGUUUAAUAGAGCCGCAAAGGGCGGUGCGCCGGAUGUGGCUGGCGCUGCGCAGAAACUUGCCAAUGCUGAAACAACCCCAAGGUUGGAUCGGAUGA